AUGCCAUACAUCAAAACACCAGCAAUAAACCCACCGCUCUUCCAAUUAGAAAAAAAUUCAGUUGCCAGAGAUAUCGUCAAAGGAUUGGAUAGAGCGUUGGGCACGCCGGCGAGAGCGGCCAAGCUGUGGCGGAGCAACGGCGAUAAUACCGCUUUCCGCCAAGUGCACGGUUGGGAUUAAGCGUCGGCGGUGGUCCCACGUUGAGCAAACAAAACCGGUUCCGGCCAGAUUAGGGUUCCGGCCAUUAUCCGGUCACCAGCUUACAUCUUGGAUGGUGGAUUGGCCGGCUCUUGGAGGUGAUUGGCUUAGCUUGGUGGUUCCUCUGGCAAAUCGAUUGUAUCAUUCUUUUUCUUUUUCAAUUGUAUUAUGGAAGACCAGCAACCAACAUCUCUAAUCUGAAUCGUUUUGCUAUAUGAAAUACACCUAAUGUUGCUCAUGGUUUUCGAUUAGGGGUCAUGUUUAUCACAUUAAAGUAGCUUGCUCAACUGUCUGUGGUUAAUAGAAGAGAUAUAGGGGAGUAAGAGCAACAAGAGAAUUCGUUGAUCGAUACAACUUUUUUUCCAUCCUAAAUCAUGUCCCAAUCUGACUCGACUUGACUGGAACCUUUCGAGUUAGACUUAGUUAGUUACUCUAAUGCAUACCGCCACCAGAAACCUUGGAAAGUAUGACGUCCGGAGGUGGUGAACGGCUCCCACCACAAACGCGGAUGGAUAAGGCUUAUGUUCUCGGAGAUGCAAUCGAGUACAUGAAAACCCUUCAAGAGGAAGUGAAAACACUUGAGGAGCAGACCUCCAAGAGAUCAAACGUAGAAUCUAGAAGAUUUGAGAUGGUGACCGUUGGCGGUGAAAUAUCUUCAUCAGACGAAAAUAUCUCAUGUUUAUCAGAGCAAUUGCCUGAAAUCAAGGCACGGUUCAUAUGCAACGAUGUUCUAAUAAGAAUCCAUUGUGAGAAAAAACUGGGUGUUGUUGGAAAAACAUUAGCUGAAAUAGAGAAGCUGCACUUAUCUGUGAUCAACAGCAAUGCUGUGAUCUUUGCCAACUCUAUGCUUCAUAUCACCGUAGUCGCUCAGAUGGAUAAAGAUUUAACGAUGACAGCGAAGGAUUUUGUAAGAAAUUUACAUUCCGGUCUCAAGCAAUUCAUGUGAAGACUAGAAAGCGCGGUUCUUUAUCUGUGCAGUUAAUCUUGCUUGGUUAUGAUUUUAGUCUGUCAAAGGAUCGCAUACUCAUGAGGAUGUGCAAAAAUGUCUUGAGGUCAAUAUCUUUCGAUUUUUCAUCUCAUAUGAUUGUGUUUUGAGGUUGGGUCACUUUCAAUGUUUCAACUGAGAACGGUUAUGACACAAACAAAGUAGUUUGUUAGAUUGCAGGUCAUAUUUUAUUUGUAACGGGGUAAACUUCAUAUGGUAAGGUAAGAUUAUAGCUUGUAGGUCGGGUUACAACUUUGAUUGCAAUUUAUUUUUUAUUCUGUAGGUGCAGCUAGCAUCUUUGCAUAUGGUAGGGUGAUUAUGGGUUGUUGAUCAGCUUACAACUUUGAUUGUAACAACUUUUUUUUGUGUGUAUAUGAAAAGCCAUUGGGUUCCAAUAAGAUUAUCACAUAUUUGAGUUUCAAUAUUUAAUGCCUCCUUUUUCGCUCAAAUAGAAGGAUAUGCAAAAUUUAAAAAAUGUACUUUUCAUAAUUUACUUAUACAUAUUUUUGGUUUUGUAUUUGCAACAUCAUAUAACCAUCGUUUGCAAAUGUAAUUGUAAAAAUUCUACUAUAUCAUAAAAUUACUACACAUACUGUAUGUGCUUACAUAUUGUUUGAAGUCUUUAUAUUACUUGGGCAUGUUUUUUGGCGUUAAGAUAAAUGGUGAAAAAAAGGUCCAUAUUUCUAUCAUGUUUGUGGCUUAAGCUUGCUAUAUUUCAACCCAAACUGGACUUCUUAUGUGCAGGUAUUAGGACGAUACAUCGGUCACAAAACUAACUUUGUUCAACAAGUAUUUAAAUUCUUUUUAUAUAUGUGUUAUCACCAAACAGAAGUCUCUCAUUAGUCCAAUUGCACCAGAAUUCACCUACAAACUGGAAUUCCUGCUGCAACCAGACUUCACCUUCAAACUGGGAUUCCCAUCGCGACACAGGGACGGUUUUAAUAAAAUACAAAACAUGUAUUCCGGAUAUUUCUCUUUGUUCGGUUCUUUCUAUCGUUGUGAUGUGCUUAUUUUUAGUGUUUGAUAUAUUUUUAGGUUUUUUUUUGUUGUAGCGCGUUAUUGAAACCGACACCCGCCGCAACGCGCGCGAUUGAUUUUACUAGUUUUUUUAAAUUUUAAAUUUUUGUUAACAGUUUGUUUAUUUUGUUUAAAGUU